CGGCCGUGGUGGGCUGUGGCUGCGUGGCCGUGGUGGUGGCGUUCCUGGCCGGGCUGUGCGUGAGGAAGAGGUUUGCGACCGUCUCGGCCCUGGAGAGGAUGGGGAACAGCACCAACAAGGGCAAAGCAGAGGAAGCAAUUUACACCUCCAUCCCCGGAGCUGAGGUGCCCAAGGCUGAGCAGGAGGCGAAGAAGAAGAGGAGAGCUGAGGACACGUACAUAACCAUGCACCCAUCUCACUGCCACGACAACGGCGUCUACGUGGAGCUGGCCAAGAGGGCCAUCCCAUCAGAAUGGAUGGCAGAGGAGACCCAGGAGCAUGGACAGGACCAGGAGCCCCUCAGCAGGCCAGAGGAGGCACCUCCCCAGCCCCCAGAGCAGCAGAAGUAGCUGUGCUGUGGAUGCAGCCCCGUUCCAGGUGUGUCCGACACACCUUUGUCCCUGUGAGGACCGAGAACUGGUGACACGUAUCUGUGUGCCCCGUGCCAGGGCACUGCUGGGCACAGCCCACCCCAGCUGUGUGCAGGGCACCAGGGGACACCUGUCCCGGUGGCUCCUGGGACUCCAGAGAGUGGGCACAGCCUCACGCUCCAGCUCUGCUCCUGGCCCAGGUGAGCAUCCCCGAGGGGGCAGAGGCAGCAGGAGCUGUCCCAGCGUUUUUCUGUACAUAAUAAAACUCAGGGAGUCUUCCCUGAUGCUGUCUUCGUUUUA